AGAGACGUGGAGCUGACAUGUGGAGAAUUUGCAAACUUUCUCUGGAUCUGUGCAAGGCUUAGAUAACACAAGGGAUAUACAGAGCUGAGGCUGCUGCAGUCUACCCCAGAACUCAGUCUAUGAUGGUGAAUAAAAUUGUACAUAAUAAGACUUCUGUCCUGGAAUAUUACGCAUGUCGUCCGAAAACACUCUGUAUCCGGGCGUGAUCUUAUGUGGACAAAGAAGCUCAGCCAGUGUUUACACCUGCUUAAGGUGGGAAGCUUGGGCUGAAGAAGUGGCCACAGUUGUCAACCAUGACAAAAAAGACGAUUUUGCACACAGCCCCACCUGAUGGCGGCUGGGGGUGGAUGAUUGUGAUUGGCUGCUUUCUUGUUACAAUCUGCACACGAGCUGUUACAAGAUGCAUCUCCAUAUUCUUUGUUGAGUUUCAAGUCUAUUUUGGGCAAGAUUAUUCAAGGACAGCUUGGAUACAUUCCAUUGUGGACUGUGCUACAAUGCUAUGUGCUCCUCUGGGAAGCUAUGUGAGCAAUCAUGUCUCGUGUCAAAUGGGAAUCAUGCUUGGUGGUCUUCUGGCUUCUACAGGACUUGUCCUAAGUUCUUUUGCAACAAGCCUGGAGUAUCUCUACCUCACCCUAGGAGUCCUCACAGGUCUUGGAUUUGCACUUUGUUACAGUCCUGCUAUUGCGAUGGUGGGAAAAUACUUUGACAAGAGGAAAGCGUUGGCUUAUGGGAUCGCCAUGUCUGGAAGUGGGAUUGGCACCUUCAUAUUGGCCCCUGUGGUACAGCUGCUGAUUGAACAGUUUUCCUGGCGUGGAGCUUUACUCAUUCUUGGCGGUUUUGUCGCCAAUCUUUGUGUCUGUGGUGCUUUAAUGCGACCUAUAAACCUGAAGGAGGACUUUGCACACCUAUUCGUGAGCAACAAGCAUAAUCCAAAUGAGCCAAACCAAAGUACCAUUCCUUCCUCCAAAUGUUCACCUCUGAGCCUGGACUGCACUCACAAGAGUCUAUGCUACUGUUCCCAAAAGGACUACAGCUUUCUGCUGAAACCAGACUUCAUCAUUCUUGCAAUAUCUUUUCUAUUCCUAGCAUAUGGAUGCAGUCCUCCCUUUGUCUAUCUUGUGCCUUAUGCCCUUAGUGUUGGUGUGAGCAGCCAACAAGCAGCCUUCUUAAUGUCUAUACUGGGAGUCAUAGACAUCGUUGGUAACAUCUCCUUUGGAUGGUUGACGGACAGAAGGUUUCUGAAGAACCACCGAUACGCAUGCUACCUCAUAGCUGUGGGACUGGAUGGUCUUAGCUGCCUUUUCCUUCCGAUUCUUAGAUGCUUUGAACUACUUGUGCCUUUCUCUGUUACAUUUGGUUAUUUUGAUGGAGCCUACGUUGCCCUGAUCCCUGUGGUGACUGGAGAUGUUGUAGGUACAUCCAGCUUAUCAUCAGCCCUAGGUGUGGUCUUCUUUCUCCAUGCAGUGCCAUACCUGGUGAGCCCACCAAUAUCAGGUUGGCUGGUGGACACGACUGGAAACUAUACAGCAGCAUUCCUUCAAAGCGGGUUUUCUAUGAUCUUUUGUGCCCUUUUAUUAGCAUUUGCCAAGACUGAUAAGAAGGUUAAGGCACAAACCGCUGACAAAGACUGUGCCCACAUCUGACACAGGCAAGAGAUAUGGACUAAUGGAGAUCUUACUUCUGCAGCCACGGAAGAGUGUAACCACAAAGAGGUUUAGAUCCACCUAGACAAGGUGUCAUAACCGACAAGGAUUUAGGACGCCUGGAAUUUUAUGAACAGGCAGAACAUCAGAAACCAAAAAUAUAUGCCUUUGGAUUGGAGUACAUUCAUUUAUUUUGUGUUUCAGCUGUUGUCUUACAGACUAAGACUUAUUACUGUAUUUUGCUAACUGCACAACAAUUGGAAAUAAUUUACCUGCUGGUCGAUAUCCCUGUUGCCUAGCAAAUGCUGAAAAUCUGCACUUUACAAGGAACAUUCUUGAAAUUCAAAUUGACUAACUCCUAAAAUUGGAGUCGUUGUUUUGAGAAUAUUACAAUAUAUUUUAAACUUGACAUCCCAUGGUCAUCUAAACCUAUGUGGAUGACGAUGGCUUUAUUCCUAUGCAAUGCAAUCAAAGAAGAUGAAUUAUGAAUGUAUAAGUCUUCUCACCGCGAAACAAAAUCUUUACUUUUCCAAAAUACAACAAAAACUAGUAAAAGCAUCCUUAUACCGCAAAAAUAUGGUGGAUAAACCUUGCUAUGCCACUGAUGAGACGGCAUUGAAAAUGGUUGCUUUCACAGAAGAAAAAAAGUUAUGCGUACUCCGUUCAAAGCCAUUUUUGUAUAUUGAAGCUAAUAAAUAAGUACAGAAGUAUUAUAUGUGCCCUAGCACUACUUUGAUUGAUUAGCUGGAUGCUGAUUUAUCUUCCAUACUUGAGAAGGCUACUUUUUCCCAUCAUGUCUUCUGUGCUGAUUAAUUUCUUAAUAUAUGUGUUAGCGAUUGGAGACCCAAAUACCCUGCAUAGACAUAGGGGCAACUUAUUAACAUACAAAUACAUUUUUCAGUGUAGAACUGUUGCAAAUUUUGGAACAAGUCUCAUUUUGUGCCAAAAUUAGUGACUUUUUCCCAUUUUAUGCCACAUUUGCCACUUUUCUAAAAAAAAAAGUGAGCGGGAGGGGACAGGUCCUAUGCGGCCUGACAGAUUUCCGAUAAAGCUAAAGUAAUAAUUUACGUCAGCUCCUUUUUGGUGUAAAUUCCAGCUUCUGUUGGACGGACCUCCCGCUAUGUGCCAAAAUUAUUAAUAGGCGUACAAAAGGAAAAUAAAGCCGCAGCACAUCUAAAUAAAGUGAAAAAAGUAGUGUCCUUUAUUCACCCCCAAUAGCUACUCAGGUGAAUAAAGGACUCUACUUUUUUCACUUUAUUUGGAUGUGCCACUGCUUUUUUUCCUUGCAACAGAUGAUUGGUCUCUUCUAAACUGCAGGCACUCCGUGCAUCUCUACACCGACAGUGCUGCCCUGAUUUUGGAUUAUUAAUAGGUGUACAGCUAUAAAUAAUUUUGGCAUAUCUUACGCCAUCGGGCUUUAGGCUAAGACUGUCCUAUGAAAGAGUAAAACCUAGUAACUUUCCCUUGAUGUAAAAAGAUGUAAAGGAUAACAUGCUGGCUUCUUGCAGAACCACUAGAGGGAGCUUACUGCAUACUGUUUGAUUGUUGACUUCACUAGGGGAGAUUUACUAAUGAAAAGGCGCCAGAAUUAUGGUGCAGCAUGUGCCAAAAAAACUGUCAUACAGGCUUUGCAUCACAUUUAUUAAGUGGCUUACAAUUUUUUUUUACUUGUCUGAUAAGUGGAUUUGGCUUUAAACUGAAAGUAAACUGACUAACAGGGGCAUACAUAGAAAUCAUGGGGCCCCAUAGCAAAAUUCAGAAUUGCACUAACCUAAUAAGAACAGCAUGGGUAUGUUUUAUGUGCAUUGUUUUUAUAUCAUAUGCAGCAUCUAAAGGGGUUAAGAUGGCGGAAUUGGAGUAGCUCCAGACCAGCCAGCUUUAACACUGUAUUAGGGGUAUGAUUAGCUGACACCAACAGCAGUUGGCGCAGGUUCAACUCCUGAGCAUGGAAGAGGUUUUAAAAUAA